ACACACACACACACACACACACACACACACUUCUGAUUAACGUCCCCGUAAGUAAUACAAGCAGACACACACACAGAGCAGUGGGCGUGUCCAGGUGGAGGUGAGGGAGUAUAAAUGGGGUGGAGACCCUCUGUUCUGCCUCACACCAACCUGCUCUCAGCUGCUCUGCUACAGCUCCUCCUCAUCACAGACUCUCCUCGUCCUCCUCCUCCAGCUCUACAGGUCUCGUCCAACAUGGCGGCGCUGUGGCUCCAGUCUGUCUCUCUGCUGGUCUUACUGAUCGUAUCGUGGCCAGGCUCCCAGGCCGUCGCGCCCCCGCAGCACCUUUGCGGUUCUCACCUGGUCGACGCCCUCUACCUGGUCUGCGGGGACAGAGGCUUCUUCUACAACCCCAAGAGAGACGUUGACCCUCUGCUGGGUUUCCUCCCUCCGAAGGUGGGUGGAGCUCCUGCAGCAGGCGGCGAGAACGAAGUGGCCGAGUUCGCCUUCAAGGAUCAGAUGGAGAUGAUGGUGAAGCGAGGCAUCGUGGAGCAGUGCUGCCACAAGCCCUGCAACAUCUUCGACCUGCAGAACUACUGCAACUGAGCAGCGCUCGGCCUGGCUUCCUUUAGCCAACUUAGCCUGAACCACCCACACCCCCACCCACACCCCCGCCCUUGUCUCAGAAGAGUGGCGGUGCUGUCCUCUCUCUGAAAAACCACCUGCUGUCAAAUGAAGCGCUGAGAAAUGGAUGAAAUUAUUUUUCCUAGAAAAUAAAGUUUUAUGAAUUGAGAAAUGUUUGUUCAUUGAUGUGGCGACUUUUUAUUACUUUCUUUAUUCAG